UUAUUAGCUUUUGUCCUAUGAAUCUGCUAGAAGCCCAAAGCCAUCGGAAGAUUUAGUAGAAGAAUUUAUUGAGUCCAGGUACAAGCGUGGUGAAACUCACCAACCGUUACAGGGAAGGACCGUAGAGAAAACGAAAAAGCCAGCUUGUCGAUUCUGCAUCUCUGUGCAUGGCUUAGAGCAUACCAGUGCCAAAGAGAAGCAUUAUAAAAGGAGGUAUCAUUCAUGAAGAGAUGAGAGAACAGAGAUAGCCUCUUAUUCUUCUUUUGCUUUUGCUCUUCUUUUUCAGCAAUGGAUUUCUCUGCUAAUCUCCAUCACCAACUUCAACUCGAGAACCAAUUGCUUCUUGGUUCCGGGAACGGGCAUGCCUGGAACCCCGACGUCACAUUUUCCCCAAGCUGCGAAUUCGAGCCAAGUUUUCACCUUCAGGACGUGAAUCCCGCUACCAUUAUCGACGGAGAGAGCUGCUACACAUACACAAGCUUGCAGCAUUAUUUCCAUGGAAGCAAAGAUAAAAAGUUCAUAGAAAAAGGAGAAGAAGAGGCAUCAGCUUCUUCUCCCAAAACCAAUGGAACAUUGAACAGCCAUUGUUGCAGCUUUGAAGAUUUGAACAAGAUGGCUCAAAGCUGCUGCUGCUGCACCAAGAUUCAUCCUACUCUUAAUGUUUCUUCAAGGCAGCCAUUGAUGGCAGAGCUGUCCAGCUUUUUCGGGUUCGAUCAUACCGUCCCCUUCCAACAAUCAACGAAAAUGCCAAACCAUGAAAUUACACAAGCAAAGAGGCCUUGUAGCUUGAAGCAGCAAAAGCCAAUUCAAGCCCCGCCAAAGAAGCCGCGAGUGGAGCCACGCGCCACUUGCCCUCCUUUGAAGAUUAGGAAAGAGAAAUUAGGAGACAGAAUUGCAGCACUUCAACAAUUAGUGGCACCGUUUGGUAAGACUGACACAGCAUCAGUUUUAAUGGAGGCCAUUAGUUAUAUUAAUUUCCUUCAAAAUCAGGUUGAGAUGCUAAGCCACUCUUACAUGAAGUCGGGUCGCAGCAAAAACUACAAAACGACAUGUCGGGAUGAAUCAAAUGAAAAGGACAAAAAACCAGAGAGUGAUUUAAAAGCCAAAGGGUUAUGCUUAGUUCCAACGUCUUGCAUUUCAUACUUGCCGGAAGAUACUUGCACCGGCGGCAGAAUCGGCAACAUUUGGCCGCCGUUGACGGCGGCUAGUUUCAAUCGGAGAACAUUUUGAUGGGUUUUGUGGAUGAAAAAGGGGUAAUAUGACAUGUAAAUACAAAAAAAAAAAAACUUACUAAUGUGGAGUAAAUUUGGUCA